UGUUGGUCUGUGACAAUUAUUUUCGUAAACCGAUUUUUUUUUAGUACGUUCUGAAAAUGAGUGACAACAAUUUUGAGCAACGGUGUGCUAUCCGAUUUUGUUUCAAACUUGGACACAGUGCGACAGAAACUUUUCAAAAGCUCCAACAAGUAUAUGGAGAAAGUGUACUUUCAAGGGCUCAGGUUUUUUAGGUGGUUUAAGGCAUUUUCUGAAGGCAGAUAGGCGAUUGAAGAUGAACCUCGCAGUGGAAGACCUUCAACUGCAAAAACUGAUGAAAACGUCAUCGGAGUUCGAGAUCUUGUCCGAUCCGAUCGUCGGUUGACCGUCAGAAUGAUCGGAGAACAGUUAGGAUUGACUCACACCACCGUUCAUCACAUUUUGACCAAUGAUUUGGAGAUGAGAAAAAUUUGUGCAAAAAUGGUUCCGAAAAUUCUAUCGCAAGACCAAAAGGACAACAGGAGGGACAGGUGUCUCGAUUUUUUGGAACAGAUUGAAAAUGACCCUUCUUUCUUAGAACGUGUCAUUACUGGAGACGAGCCUUGGAUUUUCGAGUAUGAUCCGGAAACAAAGCGUCAGAGUCAAGAAUGGCACACAUCAACUUCACCAAGGCAAAAAAAAGGAAGGAUGAGCAAGUCAAAAAUCAAAAAAUCAAGUCAAAAAAUUGAUAUACUUGAAUUAGUUGAAUUAUUUCGGUUCGUUUUGAUCAAAUAGGUAUAAACUUUUGUUACAUAUUGCAAAAUUUCAAAGUACCAUCCAUUAACAAUUAUCACUUACUAAAUUGUUCAGUAAAUGUGAUGUACUUGAGACAAUUCGUUUUCAUGUCUUAUUUUAUUUCAUUAGUAGUUUAAUAAAAAAAUGUAAUGUCAGUAGAAUAGGUAUGUAUUAAUAUUUAUUAAUAAGUAUGAUUUUUAACAAAUAAUCUGCUACAGUUUAUUUAUAGGUACUUUUUUUUGUAAUCUUUAUUUAUCUACUCUUUUGAAUUAGAGAAUUCAACUGGCAUUCUACAAUUUAUUAGAGAAGUUCAAAUUGUUAGCAAAUAGGCAAGUACAUUUAUUAUUUAAAAUAUGCAUAAAUUACAAUGUGUAAUAAAAUAUUACCUACCUAUCUAC